AUGGGUAGUGAUCAUUGCCAGCUACCCUCCCAAUCAUACACCCUCACUGAUGUCCUUCAGUCUGUCCUGCAUGAGGGAUGUGCUGAAGCCUACAAGGACCUGGAUUUUGGGGAGCAUCCCAACAUUCACCGGAUCGCAAGGGUUGCUUGCAGCGACCUCAAACUCUUUGGUGCACCCAAUGGACAGGAUUGGGACUUGAAAAAAGAGUUGCAAGUGUUCCACCUGAAGAAAAGGUGUAUUUUGUUGGCAGUGGAUGAAUUGGAGAAGCUGGUGAAUCUGGGGGAAAAUUUGGAGAAUGCAGCAAGUGCCUUUCUAGGAGGGACUUAUGAUGCAUUCUUUCAAGAGUUGGAACCUGAGGAAUCUGGGGUCUACAUCAAACACCAGUGUCCUUCACCUGGUUGUGGCAGGCUAUUUUGA